AUUUCCCUACACCUUCAGCCCAGCCUUCUGGGGAGGAGAAAGGCUAGCUGGCUCCCUCCAAAGACCUCCUAGCCACCUGGUGCUACCCAGGCUUCAGAAGAAAAAGGUUUUGGUGGGAGGGGCCACAGAAAGGGGAAGUGGGUUGAGGCACCUGUGGGGUUCACGGUAGACUGGAGCGGACUCCUUUGGGGAAGAGAGUCGGUUGAGCGCUGAGGUAGGGGCAUAGGCGGUGGUCGCCAUGACGCGCAGGCUAAGUGCAGGAGCCGCGGUUGUAGCAGCGCCUGCCGCAGCAGCAACAGCAGCAGCAGCGGCGGCAACAGCAGCAGAAGAGGCUGCAGGAAGGGUCUAAGCUAGGGGAUCCAGGAGCUGUCCCUUCAGCACCACCCGCCUAGCCAGGCCAGGCCCUCAGACCUCUGCAGACUCAGAAGAUUGGAUCUUCUAAUUCCCCGCUGUAGCCCACACCCAAGGAGGCUAACUGACUGGGCAGGCAGCUCCAGCCCCCACAGAGGGAGCGGCUCUUUCUGCGGGGAGAAAGGAAGGUGAGUCUGGGGUCGGGGACUCCCCAAGAGCCAAGGCCUAGGAGCAACCUGUCAACCCCGGCCACGAACAGCUGGCGGUUCUCUGAUCACCCAAGCCUGGAAGACAAGCAGGAGGCAUCGCCCUGGAUCCCACCCGCUAGGCACACACACACACACACACACACACACAGACACGCGCGCACACACACAGGAACAUCCAGUGGGCAGCAUCAGCAACAGCAGGAGCAACAAUGCUAAGAAGGUGGUCUGAGAAGUUUCACACUUGGAUCACCAGGCACUUCCCAAGACUGCAGGUGUAGCUCCCCGCCAGUGUCCCGAGUCUCCCCACGAUGACGGGCCAGAGCCUGUCCGAUUUGUCCGAAGCCAACUUCGAGGAUAGCGAGAUCAGCGUCAAUGUUGGGGGUUUCAAGAAGAAGCUGCGCUCUCACACGCUGUUGCGCUUCCCGGAGACCCGGUUGGGCCGCCUCCUGCACUGCCGCUCCAAAGAGUCCAUCCUGGAGUUGUGUGAUGACUAUGACGACGCGCAAAACGAGUUCUACUUUGAUAGGAACCCGGAACUCUUUCCUUACGUCCUGCACUUCUACAACACAGGCAAACUGCACGUGAUGGGAGAGCUCUGUGUUUUCUCCUUCAGCCAGGAGAUAGAGUACUGGGGGAUCAAUGAGUUCUUCAUCGACUCCUGCUGCAGCUACAGCUACCACGGAAGGAAGAUGGAGCCUGACCAAGAGAAAUGGGACGAGCAGAGUGACCAGGAGAGCACUACUUCCUCCUUUGAUGAGAUACUGGCUUUCUACAACGAUGCAUCCAAGUUUGAUGGACAGCCCUUGGGCAACCUCCGAAGACAACUAUGGUUGGCUCUGGAUAACCCAGGCUAUUCCAUCCUGAGCCGAGUAUUUAGUAUUCUUUCCAUCAUGGUGGUACUAGGUUCCAUUGUCACCAUGUGCCUCAAUAGUCUUCCUGACUUUCUGAUCCCUGAUAGCCAAGGCAACCCAGAAGAAGACCCCAGGUUUGAAAUUGUGGAGCACUUUGGGAUUGCCUGGUUCACCUUUGAGUUAGUGGCCAGGUUUGCCGUGACUCCAGAGUUCUUCAAAUUCUUUAAGAAUGCACUGAACUUGAUUGAUCUCAUGUCCAUCAUUCCCUUCUACAUCACCUUGGUGGUCAACCUAGUGGUGGAGAGUUCUCCCACCUUGGCCAACUUAGGCAGGGUAGCCCAAGUCCUCAGGCUCAUGAGGAUUUUUCGAAUCCUAAAAUUGGCCAGACAUUCCACUGGCCUUCGAUCCUUAGGGGCAACCUUGAAAUAUAGCUACAAAGAGGUGGGGCUCCUCUUGCUUUAUCUUUCAGUGGGCAUAUCAAUAUUCUCUGUAGUGGCCUAUACCAUCGAAAAAGAAGAAAAUGAGGGUCUGGCCACAAUCCCUGCCUGCUGGUGGUGGGCAACUGUGAGCAUGACAACUGUGGGCUAUGGCGAUGUUGUUCCAGGGACCACAGCUGGAAAACUGACUGCUUCAGCUUGUAUCCUUGCUGGCAUUCUUGUGGUGGUACUGCCAAUAACUCUGAUCUUCAAUAAAUUUUCACAUUUUUAUAGGCGCCAAAAGCAACUGGAAAGUGCUAUGCGCAGCUGCGAUUUUGGGGAUGGAAUGAAGGAAGUUCCUUCAGUCAACCUAAGGGACUACUAUGCCCACAAAGUUAAGUCACUGAUGGCAAGUCUUACCAACAUGAGCAGGAGCUCACCCAGUGAACUAAGCUUAAAUGAUUCUCUACAUUAGCCUGAAGCUCUGGCCCCAUCAUAAUUUUCAAGACCAUACAGUGGUUGGAGCUGCAUUUUGUGCUCCUGGCAUGGUUCCAGGCUCCAUAGGGUCAGGAAGUAAGGAGAUGACAGAGUCCUUCCCCUUCAGUACCAUACCAUUCUAAAUGGAAGGAGAUGCCUGAUCAAUGUAUACCCACAAUUGCUUCCACAGCAUGUAGAAGCCUUGAUAUGGGGUGGGAUGACUAACAUUAUAUCAACUUUGCACUGAGAAUAAUGCUAAACUUUGUGCUGAUGAGUAUCCUGAAUGCCAGUUUUUCUAUACAAAUUGCUCAUCAUGUACCCAAUCCUGGUGUUCUUGGUGCAGUGCUGUCUGUCAGUUUGCACUUUUGUUUCCAAGUUAUCAUGUGACGACUGGAUAAGAAGUAUGUCUCUCUAGUGGGAACACUCGUGAAGUCAGCAAUGAAAAACUCAGAUUCAGCUCGCAAGAAUGUGAAAAAAAAAAUUCUCAGUCAUGCAUUCAUUUCUCAAUUUGCUUUAAUACCCCAAACGGAAAAUGUGAAAUUAAGUACAUAUCACCAAUGCGACUUUCUGUCUUUCUUAGAACUUAACCUAUAGUUCUGUGGCUUGCAUGGGUGCAUAUCAUACUACUGUUAUUUAUGCAAAUAUUACCUCCCUGGAAAUUAAUUUACUUAGUAUACACAUGCAAUGAAAAUGGAUCCUAGUUCAAGAGCAAAAGCAAUGGGAAGUUAAUGUUAGUCUGAAAUCAGGUACAGACCUGAUCUUUAUUAAAGCUCUUUAGGCUUCUUGGUGUGAGAAAUGGUGGAAGUAAUGAGUUUCUCAUUACUGGAGAACUGCAAGUGGAGGCUGGAUAUCCACUUAUUGGGGAUGCUGUAAUGGGAUGUGUGCCUCAGGAAUGAGUUGAAUGAGAUAAUCUCUAGGAUUCCUUCCAAUUCUCAGGCACAUUAAUUGGGAGUCACAUUGAUGAAGGCCCCCUGCUUUCUUGAGAGUUUUUCCCAUGGGGAUGCUGCCUUAGGCCAGGUAUCCACAGACCUGGGAUGAAUGGAAAUGUUUUUUCAAGCUGUAGUUCAUGUUCUAAACAAUUCCAUCAAGUUUUGAUGGAAAUUGGCAUUUUUUUCCAUUUGUUAUUUUUUUAAGAGUAUGGAUUAGUUUAUUUUACCUCUUCCAAUUACUGAGAGGUUUAUUUUACUGUCUUAUGAAAGUAAAUAUUUCAUAUUAAAUAUGAAAGGCAGUAGCCUAGAAACUGUCUUUUAGCACCUACUCUGAAAUCUCAUUAAAAAUGAGCGCAUGUUUAUUUCUGAGAAAAACUUACUCCAGUAAUUUUGCUUCUAGGAUACAUAAUGUUUUAUAUGAUGCUAUAAUUACUUUGUAAUGGGCUUCCUUCUUUGAAAUGGGGAAUUCAUGGAACAUAAGCAUGUACUCAGAACACAGGUGAUUUGUGCAUGGAGUAGACUGCAGGGAAAUAUUAUGUAUUUAUUUGCAUUAACUGUCUUCCUUCUGGGGACAAGGUGGGAUUGGGAUGGAGAAGGGAGAGGAAUGGAAAAAUUGAAAAGGAAUUGGUAUUAUAAAACAUUGCAACUAAUCACAAACUUUCAAAAAGUUUAUUGAUGCAUAAAGUACCUUGAAACUUCUAAGCCUGUUGAAAAAAAUACAUGAAGGGGUACAAAUAACCUACUUCUUUCACUUCUCAGAAAUCCCUUCCUGCUCUCUGCUCCUUGAUUACAGGAACCCUGGGCUAUCAUAUAGCCCAUAUAUCAUAUAGCCCACAUAAAAAUGUGGAUGGAAUCCUGGGUCCCUUCGUUUAACUGCUUUGUAGUCAUCAUAGUGUAUGUUGUUUAUUAUUUCCAAAAUGACUUCUAUAUCCAAAGAUAUAUCUUUGGAAAGAUGGUGGGGUCAAGUGGCCUGAACACAGAGUUAGCUAGGAUUUUCAUUAAGGCUCUAAUCCUUUUUUUAAUGUGACGUUUCCCUUAGAUUACUGAAUUUUAUGUGUGUCUUGAUUUCCUCACUUACUAAAUGGGAUCCAUGCUAACUUCACAAGGAGUACUGUGAGGAACCUUUAGUAUUUGAAAAGUAUUUAUUCACAUGAUGGAUGAGGACUGUUAUUACUCUUACUAAGUACUUUCCUCUCAUUUGGAUGAAAACAUAUGAUGGGCACUUCCCAAUGUGUGAUGGACAAUUUCUCAUUUCUCUCUCUCUCUCUCUCUCUCUCUCUCUCUCUCUCUCUCUCUCUCUCUCUCUCUCUCUCUCUCUCUCUCUCUCUCUCUCUCUCUCUCUUUCUCCUCAUAUACACAUAGAAAUUGAGAAGUUUAGGAUUAUUUCACAGAUUUUUGCAGGCAAAAUACCUGAUUUUAGCCAGUAUUUUCAGAGAUGGAAAUUCAACAGUUUCCAAAAUCACUUCCUAAUUGUUUUGGAAGCAGGUGAGGCCAGCCAACUUAUCAGACAUGUUCAAGAAUGGUUUCACUUGCUAAAUCCUAUUUUAUUGGGGAUUCUGUCAGGUGGCUAUUAAUUCCUUAUUUGCAGGGAGAUGGGAUAAUACUCAGUUGUUCUUCAUAGAAUUUUUUUCUAAACAAUAUUUCAUUAUAAAUGAUGAGGUGUUUCUGAUUAUUGUAUCCAUUUUAGACAUGUCACCUGGAAGCUUAACAAUUCAUCACAGAAACAUUGCCUUUCUCUUGGGUGAAAUUCCUAGUGCUUUAGAAACUAUUUUUAACCUCUCUUGUAUAUAUACACACUCAUGUGGAAAGGACCUUGCUCGUUUUUGAAGCUGCAGUAGUCCUAGGAAGACAAGUUUAAUACUAAUAGUUUAAUACCUAAAGUAUGUCUUAUUAAGCAACAGGUGCAGAAAGAAGGGAAGAUGAACCUAUGUGGCUUUAGCAACAGACUUCUUUUUAAAGAGGUACACUACAAGUAAUCUAAACUGUUCUGGGACCCAGUGAAAAAUUUCUUCCUCUCUGAAAUAGCACCAUCAAAUCAUUAAUGUCAACAUGUGGUCUAGACUUGGGCUUCUCAUUUAACCUGUAAAAUGGCAUUCCAGGAAGAAAUCAUCUCCUCUAGUUACUGAAGCUUGGUUACAUUUCAGACUAAAAAGGAAAAACCUCAUCAGGACUAUUUUCUGUUUCAUUUUUAGAAAGAGUGCUAGCACAAGGUGAUUCCUUUAGGCACUGGGCCUGCCAGUCUGAUCUAUAAACCUGGUUUUUAAAUCCCUUUAAAAAUAUUUUAGCUAGAAGAAGAGUUCAAUUCACCAGGCUGUUGAUUGGUGAAUGCUUUGUGUUGGGCAAAGAAGGGUUUUCUUUGGGAUGACAAACCUUUGUUUGUUAUAUGGCAUCCGAGAAAACAUAAGGGCACGUUUUUUUAUUACAUGGUACAUAAUGAGGGCUUUGAAAGUGUUAGAUUGAGGAAGUGUAACUAUUCUGCCUGAGCAAAUUACUUGGUUGAUAUGGAUUAAAUGGUUGCAGGUCCGAGUUUCCUUAAAAAAAUAAACAAAAAUAAAACUCAAUUAUAACAUUCCCAAGUUUAAUGGGUUUGCCACAAGGCAGAGGCAUGUUGUAAUGCCAAAAUGUAGGAGGUUUGAAGCCCGGAAGGUAGUAAUUGGUACUUAAUAUUAGGAUUUAUUUCUACUUGUCUUAUUACUCAAAUAAUUUAACCACCUGCUAAUUCUCUCAUUUAAAAAUUAUUUGUAUGCACUUUGGGUUACUGAUUAUCUGUGCUGGCUGUUUGUUAUGUAUUUUGAAGGCUUAACUUGUAUUUCUUGUGUGUUUUACCAGCAUGACCGGUUACAGAGUUGUAAUUUUUUAAAUUGAAAACGUUGUAUUUAUGAUGUCAGUUUUAACACUCAUUAACAGACUACUGUGCAAGCAUUUAUUGA